UGUUUCAACCUCACUUUCUCCUUGGUUCACGUAAACUAAGGCAACUGAAAAUCUGAGUCUGUGAUAUAUUUAUUUUACAAGCCUGUGAAAAUGAAUACAAUCUGGAAAGCGGUAAUUGGUCUCAGCGCCCUAAUUGUGGCAGCGAACUGCCUGACCUGCCGUCGGUGCUCUGUUGGCAUAUUUGGAAGCUGCUUGUUUGGGAGUGACACCACAUGCGCUAACUCAACAGAGAGCUGCUACACAGGAGAAGCACAGUUCAACGCUACGGGGUCGCUGUCGCUGCACACCAGGGGCUGCGUGAACUCGCACCUGUGCGAGUUGACGCUGACUGGAUCCCUGCUGGGAGCCCCGUUCACCAGCACCUACAAAUGCUGCGUCACAGACCUGUGCAACGGAGCCACUUCCGUCCAACUGUCCGCGGCCCUCUGUGCCGCCAUCUUGUCCCCACUCUGGGGAUUCUGGGAGUUGUAGUCUAACAUGAAAUGCCUCUGUGCUCGCUAAUUUCUAUUUGUUGAUCGUCAGUUUUGUCUUAUUUUAGAUGUAAUCCUUCGUUGUUUUAAGUAAUAAAGUUGUGCUGUGAUUUCACACUGAUCUUUUGUGAUUAUGAUGACCCUCUGAUAUGAUAAUUCAUUACUGUAAAAAUCAAUAAAAGUUAUGAAAUGAA